AUGGAGCUUUUAAGAAGAGGAUGGGAAGACUUUGAUCCAAGGUUAUACAAACGUUUAAAACUGGUGGAAGUUGAAGGAAUCUCUCUACUUGAUAGUACUGCUGCAAACCUGGAGCUCUUAAGGAAUUUUAAAGCCCAGCCUGAUGAUCUUCUCAUUUGCACUUAUCCCAAAGCAGGGACUACCUGGAUCCAAGAAAUAGUGGACAUGAUACAGCAUGGAGGAGACAAACAAAAAUGUGUAAGGGCUCCCAUAUAUGAACGGAUUCCCUUCAUAGACUUGUUUCCUAUAAAACCCAUAUCUUCAGGUUUGGAAAUGGCAGAGGCAAUGCCUUCCCCGCGCACCCUGAAAUCUCACCUCCCAGUCCAGCUUCUCCCACCUUCUUUCUGGGAACAGAAUUGCAAGGUCAUUUAUGUAGCUAGGAAUGUUAAGGACACCAUUGUUUCUUAUUUCCAUUUUCACCGCAUGAACCAGACGAUGCCGGAGCCAGGGAACUGGGAUCAGUUUGUAGAGAACUUCCUUACAGGAAAAAUUGCCUGGGGCUCUUGGUUUGAGCAUGUCCGAGGCUGGUGGGAGGCUAAGGACCGUCACCCAAUCCUGUAUGUCUUUUAUGAAGACAUAAAAGAAGAUCCAGCCAGAGAAAUCCAGAAGGUCGCUCAAUUCCUCGACUUCAAACUCCCAGAUCCAAUUCUGAAGGAGAUCACUGAACAUACAAAAUUUGAGGCGAUGAAAACCAACUCCAUGGCCAAUUACCGCACUUUGCCUGCCUUUGUGAUGAACCAAGCCUUGUCGCCCUUCAUAAGAAAAGGCAUUGUAGGAGACUGGAAGGAGCAUCUUACUGUGGCUCAAAAUGAAAAAAUUGAGGAAAUCUGUUCCAGGUUUUUAGCAGGCAGUGGCCUGGUCUUCCGCAAUGAGCUGUAA